CAACGGAAAAUUGAUUACGAUUGUGAUAUCAAACUAGGAAACCACUGUAGGUGUGAGGUCUGUGAAAGAUUUUGGCUGGUGAUGUUCUAUACCGCUGAUUUCCUUUCCGAUCCGACACUGAGUAAAAUUUAGGCUGGCGUCAGCGAUACCGAUCCGAUAUCUGUGGGCAGAUACACCAUAACGAUUCUCGUAAAUCUAAAAAAGAAAAAUGCAGUAGUGUAUUUUUAAAAUCAUAAAUUCAUAAAGAAUACAAGACAUCAGAGUAAUUUAUUUAUUUAUUAAGUAUAUUGAGGUAGUGGCCGAGUUAAUACAACAACAGAAAAGCCAAACAGAGACACAGUCUUACACAAUGUGAAAAUGCCGUUUCAAACACUAAAAAAAAAAAUUGUAAAAUAAUAAUAAUAAAACCAUUGAAAUAUAUUAUUGUUUAAAUAUAAAGAACUACUACAAAACGAAAACUUGCAUCUUAAUUGUGACCCUGUUCUCUUCUGUCCUCCUCCUCAUUAAUGCCUCGUGUUGUGUGAUGUGGUUUAACCUAAGUAACCGAAAGUAUCGGUAUUUUGAUUUGAGAAUCGGUUUUAGAGCGUAAAGACCUGGUAUUGGAAGUACUGAUAUUUUAGCAUCGAUCUGCACUUCACUAAGUUUGGUCCGACAUUUAAAACUGUGUCAUCAAUAAUUGAGUGCAAAUUGACACAUUGUUAUGUUUGGGAGUGAACCCAACAGUCCUAACAUCCACCUGCUUGCCUGUUAUUGAAAUGCAUUUAAAAUCCUAAUUAGGAUCUACUGAGUUAUGUAAUUUAUGCUGAACAAAUGAAACAGUUUUCAACCUGUGCUACAGGUGACCUGUGUUCCCUUAAAGCUGACCAAUGUCAGCUAAUAACUUUUGUGAUUUAAUAUGUUUAAUAUGGUACCUACUAUCAUAUCAUUUUUAAAAGUCUGAAUGAAAGAACCUCUAUGUUACUUUGAUUAUCUCAUAAAAAUUGCAAGGAUUGUAGAAAAAUAUGGAUUUUGUUCUCCAUCCCUCUAAGUUGGAUCUGAAUCUCCCGGGUUAAGAAGUUAUUAGUAUGAAUGGAUCCACCAAUACAAACUUUUCUGUGUUGUCAUUGUUUGCGGGUCGGAUGAGCGCUGACUCACAUCUGUGUUAAAAUAUAUUGUCAGCAAGCAAGGGAAAAGUGUUGUGACACAUCAUCAUGGAAUUCUUGUGAUGUUGUUACGGUGUGUCAGAGUUGGUGGGUGUGGAUGAUAUGUAUAUAUAAGCAGGUUGUAGCAGUGCAGAUUUACAACACACAGUGUUUUGUUAUUUUUAUUUUUUUGUUGCUGCUGUCAACAUCACUCAAAAGACCCACGAUGUUCCAUGUGCUUGCCUUGGUGAUCCUGGUUCAGUGGCGCCCUGUGUUUCCCGCUCCAGUUAAGCCCAGCUGUGACAUAGACGACACUGUGCGUCUUACAAAACUUCUUCAACAUGAGGCAACACUGCUACUAAACGCAUAUCAAAAGUUUCACGGACCAAUUGAAGAUUCAGUCCCUGAGGACGUACCUGACUCCGAAGUAUCUGGUACCAGCGUCACUGAGAAGCUCCUGGACGUCUGCAACAAGCACAUGCUUUUUAGUUUGCACAUUUUACAAGUGGAGGCAUAUCAGAAGGACCUUCUGGCUGACCCGAAACCUCUCCUGGACGACUUGUCACCAUUGAAACUGAGACUGACGAGCAACUACCUUUUGAGCAGAGUAAAGGUCAUCAUCCAGCACAUUGAGGGGGAAAUCCCUGAGCUGACAACGCCAGCGCCGCUUCAGCUGUCCCACAAUGAUGACUACACAAAGAAAGUGUACGGAUGGGGCGUCAUAGUCAGAGUGGUGGAGUGGCUGAAACAAGUGUCGCAGGUGCUCGAGGAGGCUCGGGAAGUGUGUGACUGACACGACGCUCCUCCUCUGACACUCUAACGGCUAACGUCUAUAUGCUAUGAAAAUGUAUUUUUUAUUUAUUUGUCUGUGUAACCUGUGAACAGACAGACAAGCAGCAUGUGAUGUGGUUUUCAGAUUGGACUAUUUAUGUAUUUAUUUAAGAUGUAUUUAUUUUCUUAAUAGUAUUUUUGUUACACCGUAUUUAUGAACGGGUAAGGGGGAGUUACGUUGCCUUGCCCGUUGCUACUGACAGCAGACUAAUGGAACCCAAACAAAUGAAAUGUUUCACUUUCAUGUUUGUUUCUUCAGGGAAAUGAGACACAUAUUACAGAUCUGUGAGGCGCACCUAGGGCUGCCCUCAUGACUUGCGUAGAAUUUUUGAGUAAUUUUUUUAAGCAGAAACCUCAGAGGAGUGAAAAGCAAAGUAAUUUGUCAAAGUCACUGUGGUCGGCCAGUGAUGAGUGGAAACAGGUUUGCGUCGUGAGGAAACGUGGACGUGCCAGUGUUUCUGCAAUGACUGGCAUUUUGUAUUUUACACAAGAACAUGAGAACAUGUUAGCAGAGGCCCUGAAAUCUUAAACGGAUGCUUUGAUUGCGCAGUGUGUGCCGCAAAUGUCUUUAUGAGCCUGAGCAGGUGGCACCGUGAGUCCAAGAAGUGAAAGAGAAGUCCUCUUCAACUUUUAUUUAUUAUUUAUGUUCUGUCUUCAGAUUCCCUCAAAGGUUGCAGUGUUCAUUUCCUUCCAGUUUUUUCAAUAUUUUUGUAAUAUAAAGCUCUUUAUGUCGAAGCA